AUGGAGCCAGACAGGACUCAGAUAAAGCUUGACCCCAGGUACACAGCAGAUGUUCUGGAGUUACUGAAAACCAAUUACAACAUCCCCUCUGCCUGCUUCUCUCAUGCUCCCACUGCAGCCCAGCUUCUGAGAGCACUGGGCCCUACGGAAAUUGCCCUUACAGUCAUUAUGACCUUGUUUGCCCUGGGCUCGGUCAUCAUCUUCCUGGAGGAUGCUGUCUACCUGUACAAGAACACCCGGUGCCCCAUCAAGAGGAGGACCCUGCUCUGGAGCAGCUCUGCACCCACGGUCGUGUCUGUGUUCUGCUGUUUUGGGCUCUGGAUCCCUCGUUCCCUCAUGCUCGUGGAAAUGGCCAUAACCUCGUUUUAUGCAGUAUGCUUUUACCUGCUGAUGAGGGUCAUGGUGGAAGGCUUUGGUGGGAAGGAGGCAGUAGUGAGGACACUGAAAGACACUCCGAUGAUGGUCCACACAGGCCCCUGCUGCUGCUGCUGCCCCUGCUGCCCCCCAUUCAUGCUCACCAGGAAGAAGCUUCAGCUGCUGAUGUUGGGCCCAUUCCAGUAUGCCUUCUUCAAGAUAACACUGAGCCUGGUGGGCCUGUUUCUCAUCCCAGAUGGCAUCUAUGACCCAGCAGACAUUUCUGAGGAGAGCACAGCUCUGUGGAUCAACACUCUCCUCGGUGUGUCCACCCUGUUGGCUCUCUGGACCCUGGGCAUCAUUUUCCGUCAAGCCAAGAUACACCUAGGCGAGCAGAAUAUAGGAGCCAAAUUUGCCCUCUUUCAGGUACUCCUCAUCCUGACUGCCCUGCAGCCAUCCAUCUUCUCAAUCUUGGCCAACAGCGGGCAGAUUGCUUGUUCACCUCCUUUUUCCUCUAAAAUCAGGUCUCAAGUGAUGAAUUGCCACCUCCUCGUACUGGAGACUUUUCUACUGACUGUGCUGACACGCAUGUACUACCGAAGGAAAGACAACAAGGUUGGAUAUGAACCUUUUGCUUCCUCAGACCUGGAUUUGACCUCAAAGUCCAAGGUGGACAUUGAUAAGAGACACUGUACACAUUAAACAGGCACAAGAUUUCCUCACUGUCCCUCAACCGUGACCAAAUGGGGAUGGAUUCCAUUUUCAGCACAAGCUGAUAGAUUACAUUUGACUAUAGCGGAUAAAGGAGAAUUACGGAACAGGAUGCAAUUAUUUGGGAUCUUGCCUGGAGAAGGUGUUUUAAGUUUUAUAAUAAACAGGAUGAGUUUAAAAUUC